AUGCGAGCCGAGGUCGAUCGGGUGCUUCGGGCCGAUCGGAAAGUUCAGCUCCGAGCGCAGCGGGUGCAGCAGGACGUCGACCUCGUCCAUAAUCAGAACGCCGCGCUUCCAGAGCUCCAGAAUGGGGGCGAUGGCGUCCGCCAUAUCAGAGCGCGCGAUCACCUGCCGGCGCACCGUCAUCGCGUGCCGCCCGUAUCGCUCGUCGACGGCGUACUCCUGAUCGAGAUCCGUCGUCGCGACCGUUUCCACCAUAUGCAGCUGCUCGACGUAUUUGAGAAACAACGAUUUGAUGCACUCCGGGGCCGCGAUCACGACCGAGCGAUCCUCCUCGGCGGAUUUGAGCUUCUGAUACAGCAGCUCGACCGCCUCGACGCCGCCCCUGCCGGCCUCGCCGGCGGCCUGCCCGUCGAAGUUGCGAUCAAACCGCAAGGUGUAGAUGUGUUUCAUCAUCACGACGCUAAAACAGCGGCGAAGAAUACUGCGCGUUUGCUCCAGCAGCGCGGUGGGCAUCACCUGCAUCACCAGCUGCGCGCCGUCGGCGAGGAGGAGCGCGAGCAAAGGGCCGACCACCGUCGUCUUCCCCUCCCCCAUGAUCAUCUGCUCGACGCGGGAAACCCCCCGCGCGACAUCCGCGGCGAAGCACCGCACCAUCCCCACCUGCCGUUCCCGUAA